CUUUUGAAUAUCCAAUGUGUAUCUCCAGUGAGAAUGUCAGAAACUAAACCAGCCAUUUCCCAUCCAUUCCACUUGCUUCAAAUGCCUGCGAUGCAAAGGCCACAAUUCAGGAUCCAAAAAACAUUGUUCUUAAAACUGUCUAGAUGAUUGUCGUCGCUUUUAUUGUGUUCUAUGUGAGCAGAAGCCUUCUCCAAGGUUUACGGCUGACUCUUGAACAGCAUAUUCAUUGUUUGCUGCAAACCUUGGGGGCUACCAGCAUGGGCAAUUCCUGUGUAUGUCGGGAAGAUAGUGGGGCAGAAGACAAUGUGGAGUCCACGAGUCGCCAGGCAGAGAACAGCAGAAUACCAGUACCUGAAACGAGGAGCCAUCUGAGAGACCCAGUAAGGCCCCCCCGGCGGGGGCGAGGGCCACAUGAACCAAGAAGGAAGAAACAGAAUGUGGAUGGAUUAGUACUUGACACAUUGGCAGUAAUUCGGACGCUGGUUGACAAUGACCAGGAACCUCCUUAUUCAAUGAUGACUUUGCACGAAAUGGCUGAAACAGAUGAAGGCUGGCUGGAAGUUGUCCAAUCCUUAAUUAGAGUUAUUCCAUUAGAAGAUCCCCUGGGACCAGCUGUUAUAACUUUACUACUGGAUGAGUGUCCAUUGCCAACAAAAGACGCUCUGCAGAAGUUAACAGAAAUACUGAAUUUAAGUGGGGCCGUAGCUCACCAGGAUGCCGCUCAUCCUGCCAAACAUCGGAACACAACUGCAGUACUGGGCUGUUUGGCAGAAAAGCUUGCGGGCCCUGCAAGCAUAGGUUUACUCAGUCCAGGAAUAUUGGAAUACUUACUGCAGAGCUUGAAUUUCCAGUCUCAUCCAACAGUAAUGCUUUUUGCACUAAUAGCCCUGGAAAAGUUUGCACAAACAAGUGAAAAUAAAAUCACAGUUUCAGAAACGUGCAUCAGUGACCAGCUUGUCUUGUUAGAGAAAUGGACAAAUCACCCAGACUAUUUAAAGCGGCAAGUCGGAUUCUGUGCCCAGUGGAGUUUGGACAAUCUAUUUUUGAAAGAAGGCAGACAGUUUACAUAUGAGAAAGUUGACUUGACCAACAUUAUGGCCAUGCUGAAUAGUAACGAUGUCAGCGAAUACCUUAAGAUCUCACCACAUGGGUUGGAGGCCCGAUGUGAUGCGUCCUCUUUUGAAAGCGUUCGAUGUACCUUCUGUGUGGAUUCUGGAGCUUGGUACUAUGAAGUCACAGUCAUUACUUCAGGAGUGAUGCAAAUAGGCUGGGCUACCAAAGACAGCAAAUUUCUCAACCAUGAAGGUUACGGUAUUGGGGACGAUGAGUACUCCUGUGCAUACGACGGCUGCCGGCAGCUGAUUUGGUAUAAUGCCAGAAGUAAACCACAUUCCCACCCAUGCUGGAAGGAAGGUGACACAAUAGGAUUUUUACUCGAUCUGCAAGAUAAGAAAAUGAUUUUUUAUUUAAACGGAAACCAGCUUCCUGCUGAGAAGCAAGUCUUUUCUUCUGCUGUGUCUGGCUUCUUUGCUGCCGCUAGUUUCAUGUCUUACCAACAGUGCGAGUUCAACUUUGGCGCAAAACCUUUCAAGUAUCCACCACCCGUUAAAUUUAGCACCUUUAACGAUUAUGCCUUCCUGACAGCAGAAGAGAAAAUAAUUUUACCAAGACAUAGACGCCUGGCCUUGUUAAAGCAAGUUAGCAUCCAAGAAAACUGCUGCACUCUUUGCUGUGAUGAAAUAGCAGACACAGAACUCAGGCCGUGUGGGCACAGUGAUCUGUGCAUGGAGUGUGCCUUGCAACUAGAGACCUGCCCGUUGUGUCGACAGGAAAUACAGACCCGAGUUCGACAGAUUGCUCACAUUUCGUGACACGUGGAAAAGUAACCCCGUGGAUUUUGCCUCUAAUCCAUUCCAUCCAGUGCC